UUUCGCAGCGAGAUAACGCUUAUCACAAUUUUCAACAAUCAUGUUCUUCGUUAGCUGAAAAUUUCUUAAAAAUUACCGCCUUUAAAUGUGAAUUAAUUCGGUUCCAUCAUCGAGAUCACUCCCAGCAUGAUUCUGCUGCUGAAAAUAUACUGGGACAAGAACCUGUACGACAAAGUGGCCUUAUACCAGAAACGCCAAGAGUUGAAGCAAAUCGUCACCUAUCUACUGCAAGAUUUCAGUUCGAUAAAAACCCAACUCUCUAACCAUCCACCACCGAUCAAACGAAAAUGUGAUUUCAACGCUUACUUCGUCUGUUACUUCAUCACCGUAUUAAAAAACUCGGAAAACUAUCGCCUGGCUGUGACCAAGUACCUGUUCAAUACGUUCCAACUGGAUACAUCUUCGGUUCUGAGGAUCCGUAUACGGCUGUUCAAUCCACAAAAACAUAUCAUCGAUUACAAAUGGGGUAAUAUCUUAAACGAUUUAUGUCACGAAAGAAGAGAAUUGGAUUCAGCUCUGGCUUGGCUUUCGACGCUAGGUGGGGCAUUUUCUGCACUAGGAGAUAACUUCGAACACUGCGCCAUAAUGGCGGGUCGAAUAUCCGUAACACAAUUCAAGAUCGCGAUACGAUUAGGAGAUCCACCGACCGUCUCUAGAUGCAGAUUGUUUUACGCUUUGAGUCUCAUUCAACGUGGUAGUCUGAAGAUGGCUCGUAGUAUAAUUGAAAACGAGUACAAAAAAGCCAUCACCGUUUACGCUCGAGAUAGACGAUUAAGGAAAAUGUGCUGUGGAAUUUGGGCUAAAUUACAAUACGAAUGGAAAAGGAAACUUAAAUCUAGAUAAUAAAUGGUUUACACGUUAA